AUGUAUUCAACCAACGAGAUCAGUCAUUCAGCUACAAACUGUGCCGAAAAACGACCACGUUUGGACGGUAUUCCAUUGAGUCACGAACCUCGAGUUUGGCGGUACAGCCCAAGACCUGAAAUGUACCCUUACCAUACGGAGGCAACAGAACACAAUAAAUCAAACUCUAGGUAAGUUACUGACUUUGCUGGCGAGAAACAUAAACAAAAGGCAUGAUGCUUGUUUUGCUCCUUUUUCUUAGCUCUCUUUCGUUUCAAACGAGUGCUUUUUACUGUUCACUACGUGAGUCAGUAAUCUUUCACGCGAAACCGUUAAAAUCUAAAUCAAGGAAAUGCUGGUUGUCUUGUCAUUUUUGUGGAUAAAUUUAGCUCGCACGGUAGCGCUAUUUCCGUUUCAAUCGGCUUUCUUUGGUUUUCCCAAAUCCGCCAAACCUGCCACGAUUUCCUCUGGUAUCGUCUUAUGACUGAAAAGGAAAAAUAUUAGGCCGGUCGUUCAAACAAUAACUGAACACGGAAACUGUUUCGCUCCGUCGCCGAUCUCGCCAGUAGAAACAAUUUUAACUCUUGGUUGUACUGGUUAGACUCCUCACUUAAAAACAGAAAAACAUCUCCGAAAUUUGCUUAUUCUUGGUUGAAUAUUGUCGUAUUCGAGGUUUUUAAAACAGGUAAGGAGCGAAUAUCGUAUUGGAUCAUUUUAAAUUCCGCUUUUCUAAAUACUUUCACUUAGUUACAUUUUAAAAAUUUGGAGUCUUUUGUUAGUCAGGGUUUGUCUGUGGGAAGUUCGUUGUACAUUCACACUGAAAUUCUGGUACACAAAAAAACUCCCACUUUUAAUUCAAACCUAUAUCUCCUUGCUGUUAAAAUACCUGUACUUAUUAUCUUGUUAUAUUCAUUUUAUUUUAUGCGAGAGGAAUUAUCUGGAAACGCCUUCGGCUGCCAAAAUUAUCAGAGUAUUGAAUCGGCGGGUGAAUUGGCGGAUCGUUAAAUAUCUUGUUUGUUCUACUGCUAAAUGAAGAAAGUCAAUACAGGCCAAAUAAGGCUAUUUUUUGAAAUAAACUCAAGAAAAUAAUAUUAUCGUACUUAGCUUAGAAAUUAUUUCGUUUACUAGCUGUGAAAAAAGGCCCUGGAAGUUAAAAAGUUAAAUUAACUUCAUGUUUCAAGUAGACUUACAGCCAAAAAAGGUAACUGGAAGCCUUAAAAAAUGUCUCUAAAAUCUGUGAAGUUCUUAUGUUUUUUAAAGUCAUGGUAGCCCUACGAGUUCCCUAUAGUGCGGUGUAACAAUACUUAGGAGACAAAUAUGUAAUUUAUAAAUCGCGUAUAUAUCUAUGUCUGCUUUUCCGGGAUUAUCCUAUUUAAUUAAGACAUUCCCCAUAUGAUUUUUGCUCUCUUUAUUUUUCGCCCCUUUCAUUUGAAAUGUCCGCAGUGUUAAGGUUAAGUUUUGACACGUGCGAUGAAUUUAACGCAGAGAUUUUGCUAAAGUAAUUAAAAUAUUCCCACAAGGAAGGAACGGCAAGUUUCGAUUUUCGAUAGGGUGUAGCCAUAAGCGUGACGUAAAACUGAUGAAAAAUCAAUGGAAUGCCAUCUGCAGACACCUUGUUGUUUUGGGCUUCGAUUAAAGGUUGAAAACAUGCCAUCUAUCAAUAGUCUCUGUUGAUGUUUUAAGCUUAUUUUGCAAUAUGACUCUUUGCUGACAAGUGCAGAUGACUAAUAACACUUGAAACACUUAACAAACUUUAUUGAAAUUCCUUUUGUUGUUAAAAACAUAAGGAAUGUUCUUCAGUUACGUUUUCGCUACAAACGACAGGAAUAUGCGUAAGUGUUUUGAAAGUUUGAGCUAUGGACGAAAUUUUGUGGUGUAACCAUUAAGUCUGAUAGGCACUCUUCAAAUGUCCGUUUUCUCUUUUAGUGGAAUUUGGGAUAUUCGUCGAAAUCUCAAAAAACACUUUUUUGGAGUUGAAGGCUUAUGUGUAUAUUUGCUAUUAAAAAAAACGUUUUACUUUUAGUUGCAGUUUCUUCGUUACCGUUUAUGAACAUUGUCAUGAAAUGUUGCUUUAUAUUGAACAUAUAAAGAGCGAUUCAAUUGUUCUGUGGCUUUAGUUGUUAAAUUUACUUUCAAUCAGUAUUUCGUACUUAUCUAGCUCAUUCUUCAAAAUUCUCAAGAGAAGAUAUCAUGAAAAUCAAGCAUCCUAGAUUUUUCUCAUAGUUUAUUUUUUGGUCCCUCAAAAGGGCUGAUCAACAAAUCAAACAGGCUCUAGCAACCCACGAUUUUUUACCGAUAAUUUGUCCGGAUAUUUUCUUGGCUGUCAGAUUUAACCAGAAACCAAAAACAGUAAAAGAAGAAGAGACCUGUAUGUUUCCUGGCUAGACAAAAACGAAAGUUAGUUUUAAAAUACUACCAGAGAUAGUAUCAAAAGGUCAAUAAAACAAAAGAAGAGAAUUUUAAGGGCGUGCGUUUUCCAUCUUUUCUCUCUGAAAUAUCUUUGCUAUAGUUUUAAAAGCUCUGAAAUGCGUUCGCUUGUUAAUGGUCUUAAUUAGUGAAUGCUGAGUUUGGGCCAAAUUUGGAAGCUUAUCUCACUGCUGUCUUGGUUUAGCUUGAAAGCACGUAUUCCGCGAAGACGAAGUUCUAGUUUUACGUAACCUUAACCGCAAAAGGAAAGAGCCUUUUGUUUUCGAGUUCCUGUUUUGCUCGCACAUAUCAUCACGUCUUCUAAUGUUCGGCUUGGUUGCACUUUUAUUCUUUGUUCGUUUCUUGGGGCGAAUGAAGUCUGAAGUAUCUAGGUAAUUGCCUAUUUUCUUUUCUGCGGGUUUAAAAAUCCCUUCCUAGGGAAGAUUGCCAGGUCACGAUUUACGAAGAUCAGAGAAUUAUAAGUAAAAAAGUUUACAUGUAAAGGCCGUUUUGAAUAAUUGCUAGGUACUCUAUCCUAAUUCCCAUCCUAUUGUAUUUAGUGAGCAACUCGAGAGCGGAUUUUCAAUAAACCUCUUUGUAGCUUUAUAAGGUUUUCAUGCGUCAACGUUUCGUGACGUGGGUUAUUUAUAUGCGAUGAGACGAGCUAUAAAGCAUUUGCGUGAUCUCCGCACCCGUUUAGUUUUCCACAACGAAUAGUGGGUAAUCACAAGCGUGGAAUUUGCUCGACUCGGCGGCGUAUUUUAAAGGAAAAUUGAUCGAUCUUUCUGAAAAUGUCUUCGUCCAGGUAUUAAUACUUUUUAUGUCGAAGUUAUAAUUAUACUUUAAUGGUUCCGUCUUCACCUUGUUGUUCCGGAAUUCCGCAAUAGUUGUUGGUGAGGUGUAUUCUUUAUUUUGAACGGGGGGCUGUAUUAGCUUUCCGGCAAUCGAGAAAUUUCGUCAUAUUUUUUUUAAAGGCUUUGUUUAGGGUUGUUUUUCACUGAACAAAACAGAAUUAAUAAUAUCGAUCACUCUCAAGCAGCUGCAAUCUUCAUUCUUUCAGAAUUUGACUUGUUCCCAAAAUUGCUUUCUUUUAAUUCUUAGACUAAUUGUCAGCCUUAAUAUUAAUUAAAAAUUGCUUUACACGAGCCGCCACUUGCCUGUGUAUUUAUCGAUGUAAUCCACAAAAAAAGAUAAAAGACCGUGACUUCCGAAAUAUUUGUUAGCGUGAAUCAUGCAAAGAAUACAAACAACUGCCGGCAGGAAAUAAUCUAUUGAACAUUUCCGGUUACACAGGGUGCAUGCUAGUGCCUCAUAAGCUCUUUAUCACGCUAUAUAUACACACAUAUCUUUGCUCGGCGCCCGGUAGAAGUUAAUAUCAAGAGAAGAAUUCGCAUAUUCGCGUCACUAUUAACCGUUCAUGGCUUGUGUUUUUCCAAGGUUAGACCCAACGCUGGCGUACCCCGUGCCCCUUCGACCGAGCGUUUUCCAACACGCUCGCUUUAUCGACAAGAUGCAGCCUGGUGUAGCGAGGAUAAAACAAGAGAAGCAUGAAGUUUACCACGAUGAACCGUUAAGCGAAGGUAUGUAGACUCGUGAGCUUGGCAUUACUGGGAUUUUUUGUACUUUAAAAAAGUUAACGUUUCAUAAAGAAUUUAAUUCCUUGGUCAGUUCAACAAAGUUAACUGAAUGAUUUUUGUUUUUUUUUAAUGGCAUAAAACCGAUAAAUUUUGCUGAUUUUCACUCGCAGUGACGAUGAUGAUGACGAUAUGUGAGGAAUAUGUAAAAUAAUCCGUCUGGCAUCUUUCGAAACAGUUUUCAUGCCUCACAGCAAUAGCAGUGAGUGUUACAGCAAGAGUGGUAGUUAAUACUGCUUGUGUUUGGCUAUGUUAAUAACUACCUCAACACUAACCCUAUGCUUAUAUGUUCGCUGUUUGACCUAUGCUAGCUUAUUAAAGCAUUGUUUAUCCUCCCGGCAUUGAAGUACGUGAUCUGCUUUUUUCCUUAGUAAUAAUCAUAUAAAUAACGUUUUGCACUUUUUUGUUUCUGCUUCUCAGUAACCAACGCAAUUGGUGAUCAGUUCUCGUCUCGUUAGAGUGGAUUUCCACUGUCGCGUACAUCUUUCACGCGCGUAAAUAUUAUAGAGGCAAUGUAUGCGAGGUGACGCGUAAAACUCUAAAAGUUGAGUGAGUAGUUUUACUUUUACGUGCGACCUUCCAUACACUGCCUCUAUUUUUAGUAAGACUUAAUUACGCAUAUAAAAAUGUGUAAACUAAAUUGAAGUGAAAAUCAUUUCAUCAAAAAUUUCAACUUUCGCUACUGGAUAGGCUACCUUAGAGGUUUUAUUUCGAUGAUAAUUACACUGAUACCAUAGAAUUUUAGUGAUCUACGGACUGAAAGAGUCGUCGACUCUGUCGUACAUCAUAAAAAAUAUUAAAAGUACCAGGAUGCAGUGGCCGCUAAAUCAUAGGGGACAACUCUGCUAUGUUGAUCCAGUGCGUUUCUUUCUUUCUUUCUAUCUUUCUAUCUUUCUUUUAAUUUUUUUCCGAACAGUGGUCUUUUCCAACAUAGCAAUGAAAUUAGUACUGAAACCAAUGUUCGAUAAAUAUUAUUAUUAUAACAUAACAGUAAAUUGUGACAUCCCUCCGCUGCCAGAAACGGCCAAAUCGGAAAUUGAAUUUUAAAAAGUCUGCAAAUUUAUUUUGUAAAAAACGAAAAUACAAAUUAAGCUGAACAGUGUAUAGCGAGCGAGGAAGCUCUCUAGAGGGCUCCUGGGUUGGGGGGGGUUGGGAGAAGAAGACCCUAGCGAGCUUACUCGAAGACUAAGAAGCGCACUCCCAAAGGGUGAUUUAAAUUGUUACACCGUUAAGAGAUUUUUCACAUGGAGACUGAGGUUUUCUGCGCAGGACGUUGAAAGGACAUUCGCUGACACUAACAGUCCUAUUCCGGUCAACACUUAUCCAGCCUAUAUUGACAUGUCUCCUGAGUCAGCCUGCAAAUACAGCCGUCUCCCACCUCGCUCCUCUCCGCUAGGUCUAGACUACGCGUAGUCCCCCAUUUUUUCUCAGGGAUAGUAGAGCCAGCGAAACUCGAGAGCGCGUGAAAAUCACCCCACGCGAGAAAAGGCGACACGCGGAGGGGAGAGAGAAAAAUGAGGGGCGACGUUUCGAAGGAGGCGAGGAGAGACAUCUGCAUUUGCAGGCCACUCCUGCGCUCGUAAACCAUCAGUUACUGCGAAGGAGCUUGCAAGCCGUAGAUUAGGAAACACUUAAUUAGCAUGCCUUAAGACAGUGCUUCUCUUUUCCGCAGCAGAUCCUAGGCGAUGGAGCCGUGAGGACGUCUGCCGCUGGCUGCAGUGGAUGUCUGAAGCUUUCAACCUCGGUAGUGUCAGACCUGACAGAUUUCAAAUGAACGGUAAAGCCCUCUGCUUGAUGACCAUGGACAUGUUCCUGUACAGAGUUCCAGAAGGUGGAAACAUUCUCUAUCAGGAUUUCCAGAGAAGACUAAGGAACGCUGUUGCUUUACAGAAUUAAGCACGGCGAGUUCUUGACCGCUUUUUACCAUGGAAAGACAUGAGUGAAUAAUGGAUUUGGAUUGGAAUUUUAGGAACUGAGAUAACCUGAAGAUAGAGAGGAGGGAUAAAAGUUCACGAUGAAAAGUGGAAACAAAAGUCAGAGGAUUCAGUGAGAAUGCGUUAAAAAGUCGUCAGUGUGGGCAGACUGUACAAGAAAACCGCACUUCCGAGCAAGCGUUGAAGCUCUAUGCCUUAUCCCGACUGGGAGGUUGUUGUAACUCUGAGUGCUAGUUUUUUGACGAAAGGAAGAGAGAUAAUAAAAAUUAUAUUUAAAUACAUAUCUUAAUUUCCAAGAAGUUUAGAGUGAAAGAUGUCUUUAGUAGAAAUUUCUAGACGUAGUGCAAUAUUGUCGGAUAGUAAAAGAGAUUAUUCAACACAAAGAUUGUAUUUAGAACAUUCCGUGAUUCUUUUUUCUUUAAAUAUUUAAUUUUAAUAGAGACAUAACAGCGAUAAGUUGACGAGAAACAGAAAAUGAUGUAUAAAUACGAUGUGUCAAGUAAUGAAAAAUCGUAACAUGCGCCCAAACGUGUUUGUGAAUAUGUGAAUAUUGUGAAAAAAAUAGUCAUUCGCUAAUGGAUAUAUAUGGAGAAAUAAACGCAUUAGAAACAUCGAUGUUGCUGCUAGUCUAUUUCGUGAGUUGUUAAGCGCAAUAUAAACAAGGGUUUCCGGAAAUAUUCUUGACGAGCUGAUAUUUUUGGCUUUGCGAGCGUCAUGAAUGCGAGUGAAAAUACCGCCACAGUUAAUUCUCCGACUUUCACGCCUUUUUUUCAAAAAGCCGCCUAUGUCUUCUGCACGCUAUCAAAGCGUCCAAUCACAGCCAAAAUGCAACAACCGACUCGAAGGAUCAUUCUGGAAAACUGUACUCUUGUGUCUACUUUUUUUGCACGUGCAAUUUUUCUGCUGUUCUCAGCAAUGACAACAGACAGUAAUAUAAAGGAUUCGUAGAGAGGGUUUUGGCGCGAUGGUUGUGCCUUUAAAAAUGGUCGAAAAACUUCGCAAAGUGUUCACGUUCCCUUAAAUUCAUUGGUACAAAAAACUGAAACUGAACUGAACAAGUUCAAAAUAAGUUAAAAAGUGAGAAAUGUGUCUUCAAGAGUAUAAAGUUCAAAUUGGCCUGGAGUCGGUAGUUAUAAAUUAAAUAAGCUUAUAGAAACGUACUUCAUCCUCUUUGCUAAGAAAGUAACAUUAAAGCAAUUGAUACAUCCUUUGUGGUCUACAUUAACGGGCUAGUCGGUGUCUCAUCCGGCAGAUUCAGUUCACAUCCAGGACAUCGCUGCUUGGAAUAUAUGGGGGCUCAUGGAAACGUACGAAGUCCCUGAGGUGCUCGUUCGGUCGAAAAAUGUCGAUCGAUGUCGAGACAGGUUUACUUUUAAUUUGCUGUUUUGUUCAUAACCCAGCGUCCUGCAUCAUACGGCAUUUACAGAAGAAAGGUUUAAACAGUACAUACAAAAUACGGGAUGAAAGCAACUUCCAAGCAAAGUGGAGCAGUAUCUUCUUGUGCUACUGACUGUAGUGUCCACCACUGAAAAGUCUUAUAGCUGAGUGUGUAUUAAAACUGAUUGAACUGAACUGUGCAGCUCUGUCUUGAGAUAACCAUUUGUUUUGCUCAACAGGUCGCUCUAAUUUUGGACUCUGGUUUGGAUGGGUUCCGGUGGACACAUACUAAUUGAAGGUAGUGAUCAAUAUUUUUCAAUAUUUAAUUGGGCUAUACGGAGUCUAUACGUUCGCUGGCUUACAUUUAAGUGGGUCCGUUACAGUUCGCACUGCGCCACUGAACAAGAACUAGACUUGCUUUUGGAAUUGUUUACAUUGUUUAGAUUGUAUAACUGAAGGUACUGCAACUUUUUAAAAAUGUAAAAGAGAUCAAGUGUGACCAUUUCUGAAUAACAGCUGAAAAGAUAACUUCUGAGCAGAAUCCUAAAGUGUGACGACUCAUCAAUCACUGAAUCACCCCAGCAAAUGAAACAACUGAGCAGAGAUUACAGCUGGUACACUGAGACUAGUUCUUUAAUGCAGAGAUAUCCCGACAAGAGCCAUAAUAUAUCAGGGGUGCCCAGCGAGAAUAUAGUUCAAAACCACUUAAAAAUAGCAUUGUUAAACGUAUUUUAGCAUUUAAACUAUCUGAAAGUCUAGUCAUUCAACAAUCAUAGGAAUCAAAACUGACCAUUCCGAAAAUUUCAGCCAGAAAAAAGGUUCCCGAAAAUUCUAGGUGAUCUUUUUAGGGUAAAAAUACGUUUAAAAUGGGCAAUUAUGCCAAUUGUUUGGUGUUCGAAAAUCCUAGGAGAGGCGGGCAAGCAAGAAAUUUUACAACAAAUGUUCCGAAAAUUCUAGAUCUCAAAUCGUCUUCAGAACAGAUAUUUUCCGAAAAUUGACGUUGGGUGCCCCUGCUUGAUGCUGCUUUCCCUGGACCGUGAUGACGUCUAUAAAAUUUCGAAGUGAAAUUCAAUUAAACCGCAAAAACGUUCGAGUUUCCAUUUCUGGAUCAUUAAUUCCAUCUAGAUCCAUCUCGACAGACUAGCACAACGUCACUCAACCGAGGAUGUGGUUUCCUAAUUCACCCCAUAAUUAUCCUUUCCGUUUUGUUUUAUAAUCCAUUCCGGUUGAAAACAGGAAAUUGAAGAGAGAAGAACCGAAGCUUCAAGCAUAGGUGUAUCAAGGACCCGCUGGGGGGGGGGGGGUACAUACUCCAGUAUAAUGGGACCCUAGCUGUACAAGUACGUUCCGCAGAAAAGGGAUACCUUUCGCAGGAUUCAGGCAAUUCAAAGGUUGGGAAUUCAAGAAUAAUAAAGCCCCGUUCAAGCUGAGAUCGCUUCAGUGAGCACAGAUCUGGGGCGCUUAAUCAAAAUGUUUUGAAAAGAAGGGCUGAUUGGCUGUCAAAGCUCGAAGGUGGUUAUCCUGUGCUAUUUACCUCCAAUUCGGUUAAUAAUAUUGUUAAGUUAUGUCAGAGAAGCCGCGGCAUUAACAUCCGAUAGUGCAACGUCCUCUAAAGGGUUAUGAUUUCUGUGGCUGCACAUGUUAUUCUUUAUAAUAAUUUGAGAUAAAAGUGGUGUAUACUUCAUAGUUAUUUAAAAUGGAGGACCAGGGGGGGGGGGGCAAAUUCGAGGGGGUGUGCUUAUUUGAAGAGGGGCCCUAAUUCGAGCCUUAACUUACUGUAACUGUGAGUCUUACAAAGACAGAAGACGUGGACGCUGCUAAUUCGAAAUGUGGUAUCUGGGCUUCUACUACGUCAAGGGAAAACAGUAUGUUAAGUUGUUACGUUACCAUAGCAAUAGAGUAGUUUUCUAGCCAGCUUAUUCUUUCCCAGUUCUCCGCGUUUCCCAGAUGAAAGGCAGCGAGCAGAGGGAUGGAAAAUUCAACAAAAGCAGAGGAAAUAUUUGGUUCAUGUAUCUUUAUUUGAAACUCAGGCUCACAUUCGCUUACACAAACUAUAUGAUCACAGCAUACCCAUGACUUCAUGUAGUAUAUAGUACUACACUAGAACUGUAUCUACUGCUUACCCAUUACACAAUGAACCUGUCGGAAAAGUAGGAGCCCACGGUCACUUGUAAUCAGCCGUCAAUGCUUUUAAAAGCGCUAAAAGAGAACUGAACAAAGAGCACGACUGAUCGACUAAGAACAGACGGAGACAAUCCGUUUUGGCCUGCCUGGUAAACUAACCAUAAGAUAGCGAUUUUGAAAGGUAAGAAUUUUUCUCCGUUACACCGCAAAACGCUACCGUAGACCACGUACAACGUAUAUUCGUACAGUCACAAUGCGCACGCGAGCCAAAUUGAAUUAAGUUCAAACACCACCCUGUUGUGAUUCCUGUGUGCUGCGAAGGGCGCAACAGAAAUAAAGUAGAGUUUCAGGUGGUAGGGGGAACGGGGGAUGGGGGUAGGGUACCGGAAAACUAAAUAAGAUAGAAAUGAAAGGAGAAAGAAUUUUUUCUUCGGCUAGACCAUAUCGAGGUUUUUCUUUUGUCUUUAGUAAUGGGACCACUCGGCUCUUCAUGGGCGAGGGGAAUACGAUUCUCGCUUAAUCACGUUCUGUAUAAAACACGUGGUUCAUUAUGAUCAAAUUUUCUGCUCUCUACGGAUAUUGAUCCUUCGGCUGAACAAGAUCAUCAGAGGUGUUAAUGCAUUUUAUUUUUUUCUUCAUUAUAAGAACAAAAUAGCCAGGGUUGUUUCACAGCUACGUUUUACUCCGGUGAAGAGAAUGAGGGAGGAGAGGUACUGGCGAGGUACCUUACCGAAAUAAUGUCUUAAAUUUGACUGACUAUUUUGUAUUUGUCGCUUCACCCAACGAAUGCUUUUAUUAAUUAUUAUUUUUGUUAUCAAUAUAUAUUUUUUAUUUAUUAUGUUACGAAAUGCUUUGUUUUGUUUUGUUUGUUUGUUUGUUUUUUUUAAGUUUCAGAAACUCGACGGAGAAUGCAGCAUGUCCUAACUAUGUUCUCUGACAAGAGAACUUUUAAUUCCAUCUUGUCUCUAAACUCAGUGGAGCUGAAACGACUUCAAAUGCUGUUUUCAAAGCUAUUAUGAUCAAAUUCAUGAAACUUUUUCUAAUCUCAUUUAUAUUUCAUUGAAUAUGGAGUAGACCCAUUUCGAUAUACGAAAAUUAAUUCAUACUUGGCUCAGACGUUUGGGAGAAUAAAACAAAAGAAAUUUAUUAUUCAUUGCUGAGCCUUAAGGUGAUAUUUUUAGUUUUAUUCCCCUUAUAUGCCUGAGCCUCGGUGCGCGCCAAGUCUGAAUGUUAAUAUAUCCGGAAAUUGGUCUAUUACGAUCCAACGUUGCUGCUUUGAAUUUCAAGAAUUUUUUUUUCCCGUCUCAUUGGCAUCCACAAUUCCUGUUCUCUCCUUCUGUGGGUAGGCGGACGCUUUUGCUGAAGAACUGUAUAGAGAAUUACGCAUUUAUUUAUCGUAUCCUUGAAUUACGAAAAAGCUGAGUUAGACCCGCCAAAGCCUGGAAAGACCGACAAAAAAUAAUAACCGCUAUAUAGUACUCAGUGUGAGUACUAAUGAGCUGGACGCUGCUGUUACCAUUAAGUAUUAAUGAAGGGCAUUUCUUUAGAACUAUUCUUCAAAUUUCCGUUAUCGUACAAAGGGAAAAGAAUUAAAUCACUUGUGAGAGCUUGUUCGACUUUGAUGGAAAAAUAAGGAAGGUAUUCCAAAAUCAUUUUUGUUCUUUUGCAACAUCGGUACUCGGGUUUAUUUAUCAUAUAAUAUGUGUAAUUGGGGUAUUUAUAAGUAAUUUAGCUCAAAGAGAUGGACCGAAGGCGAUUCAAAAAGAUUUGUCCUCUUUUAUGCGAGGGUGAUGCUUGGCGUAUGACAAUUUUUCACUGAAGCGGGGGUGGUUAGUGGUGGACAUUCUCCCCGGCUCGGUAAAUACUAACUACUAACCACCGACAAUGAACGCGCAAAAACCACUGUCUACUGUUUUAGUAAAUACUAGAAAUAUAUAUAUUUAAUAUGUUGCAUAAUGCUAAGCGUAUAUUUUCUCCGAAAUUUGAAUUAUAAAAAACUUAGCUCCUUUUAAACAUUUGCUGUUCAAUAUAUAAUUUGGAAUUUAUGAAGCGUCUGGUUGCAAAUCCGUUGUCAAAUGUUGUGUAAUUUAUGGACGCUUUCCAUUCAACCAAAGCUUUUGAAAAUUUGGAAUCGGCGGCAAAUGAUACAGAAAUUUCCCGGAAAAGUUUCCAGAAAUUCCGGAAGCUGUUGAAUGGCCGAAAUGCGAACGAUUCAACCGAAAAUUCUAGAUUUUCCGGGAGCAUAGUUGAAUCGAAAGAAAACUUCCUUGAAAACAUUUUCGAAAAUUUGGGCAUACCUCGCAAGGUUGCCCUGUUUUUGAAAAUUUUGGAAAAUGCUCUUCCAUCCGCUUCCGGAAGUUGCCGAAAAUUCUAACCGGUUUUGGUUGAAUGGCUUGCGCCCUUUGUCUCAUUCACCUGCGUGUCUGACCGUGGAAGACUCGGUUACACUUCCCCAGUCUUUCUCAGCCUUUAUAAUCCAAGAUGGCGGAUGGUCAAAACUCGAUGAAGUUCCUGGCUAUAUAUGACUAUAAUCUUCUCCUUGAAUAGACGCCAAAAAUAGAUUCUUAAAUGAAGGAACAAGGAAACAAGGCCUUUUGACCAGAAUUUCCAACGAUCACUGGGUUUUUCCUGUUUUUAGUUCGACCUGCUCCUGUUAACCUGCGCGGCGAAAUCGAACAGGGACCAUUCGAGACUACCAUCGAAGGAAUCUACUUAAACAGAGAAACAACAUGUCCUCCAGUAGUGACAAGUUUGUAAGUGCAGACUGCGCGCUUAAUGCUACCGUGCGAACAGGGCCGCAAUUUAUUUACUGAAUAAAACGUGCGUUCAAAGUGGGAGAAAUGCCCAAGGCGGGUACUUCCUCAUAAGAGGCUAUUGGGGAUGUGCCGCUGGAUGGGGUCGCAUUUUCACGACUGGAGUGACUAUAGUGGGAUCGCAUUUUCAACAGAGUUACUAGAAUGGGGUCGCACAUUUUCGGAUUCUUUGGGGUGAGACAGUUCUUCAUAUUUACGGUUAGCAAAUGUACCAGAAAGUUUGUACCGUAGACGAACAGUAAAGUUUUCUUCAUUCAAUCCAAAAAAUGGGUCAAUUCAUAAAAAUAGAAAGUGACUAAGCUGGGAUUGCAAAAAUUACAUAUUUGCUCCAAAGUGACUAAGAUGGGGUCUAUAACUGGCCACAGAAUAGACUAUAAUGGGGUAGCGGCUCUGGGAGGCCAGUGGCACAUACCCAGCAAAAAUUAACCCAAGUACCUCCCCCCCCCCGGGGAGAAAUGGACGAUAAGUUUAUUGUUGAGUGUAAUGCUAGCGAGCAAGGCUUAAUUGUCAAAGCUAAGUGCCAGUAUUGAGUAGUUAUUGAUCUUUCAAACCAACCUAUUUAAAAUGAAGACAUUUAGUUUACACAUUACUCCAUUUCCUCAAGAUGCGAACAAUAGAAUUGUCAAAUCAGCAACAAGGACAACUUUUAUUGACAGGUUGCAAAGAGAGUCAUUUUUACAGCUUGCCAUUCGGGCAAGCUGAAGCUAACAUUUACUAGCCGAAGCUUUCAACUAGCCCCAAAAACGUUUUGAUGAGCAGAUUGAUUACACAGUUCUUCUGUAAUUUGAAUUCCUCAAAAAACUUCACUUUAAUAACAGAAUUCACUAGCCCAAUAGCAAAAUCCUUUAGCCCCGGGCUAUCGGACACUACUUUCUUUGCACGCUGUCUGACCCCUUAUAAUAAAAAGAAAAAUUAAAUUUACAUGAAAUAAAUAUUAAAGCUAAAAGGGUGUUAGCUUCCUAAAAUAACUAGAGAGUUAACAAGUCUAGGAUGCCAAAUUACAUUGAAUAAAUUACAACAUUCACAAUAUUACAAUAUCAACAUUAACAGCACCAUUUUUAGUCAGCAUUUAAGGUAGCCAGAAGCAUAAUACAGCUGAUAAUAGGGUGAUAUGCGUCUGAGGUAGCUCUGAAACCCUUCCAUUAAGUUUUUUUUUCUUUUUCAAUGUUUCCAAAAUAUUUUAUUUCAAAAUGCUUUUAACAAGUCAACUUAAAAUACCUUAUAAACAUCUGGUACUACAGACCUUUUCACGGUUUUAUCAACUAUUGACAUGGACAAGUUAGGGAGAAUCCGUCAACACCACUGGGAAGAGCGCCUUAAUUCUUUUUGAUGUGGGCAAGUUUGUGUCCCCCACCAAACAAACGUGUACAAAAUUUAGCGACUUUGAGGAGCUAUAUCUAGACUGCAAAAUCAAACAAAAGGUCUGGAACGAGGCUGAAAACAGAGAGCGAGACUGGGGAGAGACGCUAAAAAUACCUACGGGCGUGUGAGGCUCGCGCGCUUCGCGUGUAAGACUCUUACGCCACGCUUUACCGAGUUCUUUACUGAUUUUGAGAAAAACACCGACUGUUUUGCAGUCUAAGCUAUGUCUUGGUUAGUUUUCAACAAAUCACUUUCAAACUAGGCAAUUUUAAUUUUAUUAAUCUUAAGGCGUUCUUUUGAGUGGUGUUGACGGACUUUCCUUAACUUGACCUUGUCAAAAGUUAAAAAAAAAAAACCGUGAAAAGGUCUUUUGUUGUUUGGUUCUUUGCAAUGUCUCCUUAUGUUAGCAAAAUGAAAUUUAUUUCCAGUCGCCUCACAGUCACAUUCCGUACGGUGUAGAUGGCUCUGGAUUCUACUCGGACAACACAAUCGGCUGCUACAACGUGAUCUUAGAGUCAGCGCCUCUCAUGUUACAAUGCAUCAAGUCGGAGUCUGUAACUCCUGGUUCUGUGUUCACCAUCGCCGACUUCGGCUGUGCGGAUGGAGGUACCUCUAUGCCACUGCUCUACGCAUGCGUGAAAGAACUGAGAGAGAUUCAUGGUGACAGUCUACCUAUUCACGUGGUUUAUGAAGAUCAACCAGUAAAUGAUUUCAAGUCUUUGUUUCUUCGAUUGCAAGGUAUUCUCUAGAAACUGCUAGAAAUGGUCGUGUUCACAUUCAACGUCUGGCAAGGAAGUGAGACUCGUACACCAUGCAUACAUUGCAUGUGGUACAUAGUGUCUAAGGGUGGAUUUCCACUGUCACUUAAUUUUUGCGUGCCCACGCGCGUAAAAUUUACGUGCGUAAAUGAAAUGGAGGUUAUGUCUGAAAAGCCGCGCGCAGACGUAAAAGUUGAGCAAGGUUAAACUUUUUCCCUAUUUUUGCGUUAUUCUUUGCCUAGUGCACAACGUUUCCAAUGAUGACAAACUAAUUUGCGCGUGUAUCAAAAUACUAAUUAUUCGACAUAUUGUCAUGUUUCAAAAGAUCAGAAUGAGCGCUAGUCAAUUUGUGGGAUAAGAGGCUUAAGAUCAAUCUGUAACUGCCAUAUUUUCCAAUUCUUUCGCAGGACUUAUACCCGGUCCAAAAAGCUAUUUUCUAGACUUUUCUAACGUGUUUGUCACUACGUGUGGUACCAGCUUCUACAGCCAAUGUCUGCCCCCUCAGUCUAUAAAUUUAGUAUUUUCCGCCACCGCCAUGCACUGGUUGCGCGAGAAGCCUUGUGACGUCACAGGAGCGUUGCAUCACACAAUGAUAACUGUUCCAGAAGAGGCGGAAAGGUUUAGAAUCCAGGCUGCAAAGGAUUGGGAAACACUCUUACUGGCUAGGGCCAAGGAGAUGGCUUCGGGUAAAUAGAAAAAUACAGACCCUGUUCUCACCAACCUCGUCCCCAGGGCUUUUCCCUUUAAAAAUGGGUGGGGCGGCGCCCCACCCAUUUUUUAAGGAAAAGCCCUGGGGACGAGGUUGGGUGCUCACGUCUCCGGAUAUUUUUAAAAACAGAGAUUUUUUUCCUCCGUUCUACUUUCCGUCCAUACGUAAACGGCGUUUUCGGGUACCAAAAACGUGGGUUCUCGAACGGUCUCCAGAGUGGAGUUUUUGUAAACGCCGGUUUAUCGUUUUCGUGUGGACGGACGUAAACGAAGGUUUUUGAAUGCGAUGAUGUCAUACAUCGUACAGCGAAUGCCCUGAAAGGUGUGCUAUCGUAUGUCCAUCGUUUUCGCGCUUUCAUGUGGACGGACAAAAAAGAAUCGAGUAAGCUACAUUUGGACGCGUAUUUUUCGAAGAAAAGCGAAAAAAAAAUUCUCUGUUUUAAGAAAUAUCCGCAUACGUGUGGAGACCCAGCAGUCAAAUCACUUCUGUUCGAUAGAGGCACGUUACGCCGCCUGGGAGUGUACAAAUUUUCACGAGAAGAAGCUCCCCCCUCCCCCCUCAGGUUCAGAUGCUUAACAUCUCGUACACCUCUGUUGAACAAAAAGGUACUCUUUUAAUCCACAGAAUAUGGUACACAUUUCGUAUACCUAUAGAAGUGUUAUUUUUGGUUCUUCACUGAGCGACUUUGCUUUGACUAUUCUCUUAAUUUACUCAAAUGUAUCCCGAUAAGUUAGCACUUAAGUGCAUCUUUGUGAGGGAACUCGUCAAGAUGGCUUCCAAAACCAUGACACUUCAAAGUUGCUUUGUCACGAAGUUAACAAACUUCAGACAGUUAGAGCUUCCACCAAAUUGCGUGCAACUUAAAAAUAACCGCUCAAAACAUUAAAAGAAGGUAUAAAUAACACAGCAAAUAGAAAAGAAGGCACAGAUGGACAAAGAAGAAGAAACGGACUGCAAUUGCGGUUCUUAAAAACUUGUAAGCCUAGCAGUUUUUCAAAGGCCAUUUUGGUUAUUUUUCAUGUUUGAUAUAAUGCGUUUUAGAGAUAUUUGUUUGAUAUGAAGCUGUGAUUUUGCUACUUACAAGUAAAUACCGUAACAUUCCGAAAAUAAUUUCCUCCACGUAUAAACCCCUCCAAAUACAAGUCCCCCAAAUUCGUAACCCAAAAAACCCCUCGUUAAAUCGCCCCUCCGAAUAUAAGCCCCCCGGGGGGCUUGUACUUGGAAUUUGCCCUCGAAUACAAAUUAAAACAAAGCAAAAAAUGGUAAAUUUCCUUCCCACUACAAGCUAGCCCAAUCGAUUUUGAAACGCAAAUUUCCCUCCGUACAUAAGGCUCUCCGAAAAUAAGCUCCUCCAAAAAUAAGCCCCUCAAAAAGGGCCUUUGAAAAAUAUAAGCCCUGGGACUUAUUUUUGGAAGUUUACGGUACCUCGCUAACGUCACGUUCCUUAGCUAAUAAAAACUCGUUAUUGGCAAUCUGAUCAACCCAAUGAACUAGACUGCCUAGACACAUGCCGUCCUUUAAAAAACCUGGCGAUGCACCUGCACUGCCUUACAUGGUAGGUUACCUAAUUCGUUUCUUUUCGUCAAUUAACUCUAGUAAUCUCUACCCUUGGGCGUUCUCUAGAGAUCCCACUGUAUUCCGUCGUGCCAAAGCUGACGGUGUUUACAGACUUUUUUCAGUAAUGGCGAUUUUCAGAUAAAUAGUUGUUCCCUUUUCUAUCUUUUGAUUAAGGCGGAAGAAUGAUCCUUGUUCAGUUCGCUGUAGAUGACGAAGGACAGUAUCUUGGAGCAACGAAAAAUGUCCCCGUUUCCAUGCAUCGGACUAUGAGAGACUUGUGGAAAGGACUUCUCGACGAGGGCCUUAUAACGCAGGUCAGAUGUUCUCUUCUUAACUAUUGUUACCUACCGAAAUCCAGUCAAACACCCAAAAAUGAAAUUAAAAAUUAAUAAACUUUGUUGAGAUCUUGGUUCAGUCUUCCCUUCGCGCUGUUGUCGUGGUCCUCGUUGUUGUUGAUGAUUUUUUAGGGGGGAGGGGCAUGUGCACUUGGCUGCUAUGAGUGAUGCUGCAUGAUUAGCGGCGCACAGCUUAAGUUCCUAAUAAGCGGACAAUUUUUGCCUGAUUACAAAUCUGAUUUAGACUUUCUCAAGUCGAAAACCUUUUUUUUUUCUGUAAUUGUCGAAAAAUACGUUAUCUUAAAAGCUCAUAUUCUACCUCAAAUGAGCAAUGAAACAAUCAAUUUGCUUCAUCGGUUGGUAAACACUGCGAGUGAUUCACCUUGUUGACAAGAAAAUUUCUCUCUUUUUGCAGGAAGAGUUUCACCGGACUACGUUUGUCAAUUACUAUCGGACUGUAGAAGAGUUCAAGGCCCCAUUUGAAUCAUCGGAUUCUCCCGUAAGCAUGGCUGGUCUGUCACUGGUUUCCAUAGAAACCAAAGUGGUACCAUGCCCCUACAGGGAAAAGUGGUUGCAAAAUGGGGGUGACCCAGCAAAGCAUGCGCGGUGGUUUAUGCCUACAACGAGGACAUGGAGUAAUGCUACGUUUACUUCUGGUAAGAGAAAAGUUGCUCUAUCAGACAAAAAUUGUUAACUCUUUAUCAGAUACAAAGACACCCCUUAAGCAUUAAUUUCCUUUGAUUUUUCUUUAUGAAUUGUUACUGAGGUUCUGAAGUCAUAUUAAAGUAUAUUUUAUGCAUUAGUUAGCAAGAAAAUUAGCAAAUAUAUAUCAGCCGGUUUCUUUGAAAUUUCGCUUCGAAAAGCUUGUUUCAUUGUUGUAAAUAUAAUUAAAAUUUAAAAAUUUGGGUUCUACUUUUUUUAAAUGCGCAACUUCUUUUAAGUUAUAAUUGUAAGCAAGAACAGGCUACUCGUAAGGGGAAAGCUGUUAUAAUACAAACACUUUCCAUGAGUUGCGUGAACAGUAAGAGUUCAUGAUUUCCAUGAUUUUUGGUAGUUAGUGCUUUGCUUUAGUGGCCUGGCCACAGCUAACCUGAGAUCAGGCGUUAUUUAUUUAUUUAUGUUUUGCUUCUUUGGCUCGGGAGGGAAAAAAAUAGCGCCCCUCUUCCCGAAAACAGAUUACAGAGAUAAAGAGAGAGGACAUGAUCGCAGGCUAGGCGACAGCCUUGGUGAAUUACUUGUGUUAUUCUCUAUGUGAUUUAAAAUUAUCGGUACAUAACUUGCGGGUUGCUGUCAAUAUCUUCCUUAGCACUGUCAGAUUCUCGAUCACCUGAGGAAAAGGCUACCAUCGUUGAUGAAUUCUUCAAGCGGUACGAAAUCGAGGUGGCCAAGCGUCCAGAGGACCACGGGAUGGAUUAUGUUCAUGCCUACAUAGUUAUUGCGAAGAACUGAGAGACACUUACUCCACUUACCAACCCUGGGUGGGUCGGCCGUCAUUAUGAAAUUCAGUCUCUUUAUCAUGUAACAGCUCUUGGACUGUCCAAGCGUACUUUCAUGUUAGGGCAUC